AUGGCAAUGAUUCCCAGUCAGCUGGGAACAAGGACUCAGUCGUGGAUAUCAGACAUUUUCCUGCCAUAUUUUGUCAACUGUCCAAAUGAACCAAUCAUCAUCAAACCAGGGGAGGUAAUCAAUGUUUCAAUGCCAAAUGCAAAGGACAACUCAGGGUUGCAACCAACCAUAUCUACUGAGCCACAAAACUUCACAAUUCCCUUCUUUGUUUUGAAGGAUACAAUUGUUCGGAUCACUGCCUCAGACGAGAUGUUAAACAGUGCUGUAUGUAACCUUGCAAUCCGGGUUAAAGACCCCAACCCAUGCAAGAUCCCAGUUGUAUCAGAGGGCGUCGAUUUCACAGAGAAAAAAACUGGCCAGUAUGAGGCCACAUGCAAACAGCAUCGAAUGUCUGUUGUUCCCCCUAGCACGAUGUACACUUGCUCCAACAAGACUGGCUGGAGUCAGACCUUUGUUCCAGACUGUGUACCAGAAGGUGUGUAAGCAUGAUAAGUUUCACAGCAAAAAUGGUUAUGAUGAAAAUACCUCAUAGUCAUGCUCCAUAAAAGCAGAAAGUGUAGUCCCUUAGGCUGUGCAGACUACACAAGCUAAUCUUUUGC